UCUUCUAAUGUACAUAUUAGAGGAAGACUCGAAACUAUAGAGUCAAAAAUACAUCAAAGGUUAAAAAAAAAAAAAAAAACACUUCAGACGACUAAAAAACACUCCAUUCAUUUCAAUACGGUUCCUAACCACUAUUAUUUUCAUAUUUCGAAUUUGCCCUAAAUACCGAUUCACUUUAGAGCUUUAAAAGAAUAAUUUUCCUCGGUAGUGUAUUGAAUAAAACAACCCAUUUUGACGCAGUGGGUCGAGGUUUAAUGCGAAAGUGCAACGAUCAGACGUAAUCGAUAGUAAAUAUGCAAAUAAUAUGCUUCACUGUACAGGUCUUGAACGUGUUUCUUUAUCGUAUUAAGAUAGGGUGUGCGAGAAACCCUUUACAGGGAAUCGGGCUUGUGUGCUACGUUCCUGUCUCCGAGUCACUGCUAGGGGUGCUUGCCCUGCGGAUGAACUUAGACAGUAGGUUGCUGCCGCGAAAGACGGUGUUAACGUCGAUAGUCACCAUUCGAAGCGUUCAGUAACCCGAAUGUCAGUCGAUAUCUGCAAACUCGACGGCCAGGAUGGGAAAGGUCUCCCAAUUAACGUGCCACAGAACGUGGGACUCCUGGAAACGUAUCGUUACGUCAUGGAGGACGCAGCAGAUCCUAGAGUAGGGGAUUGGUUUUUAAUGGGCAGCCCAUUCCCAUUGUUAGGAAUUACAUCCCUUUAUCUGGCGUUCGUUCUUCGUCUCGGACCACUUUAUAUGAAAAACCGAAAGCCGUUCACUCUGAACACAGUCAUGAUUUUCUACAACAUAUUUAUGGCGAUCGCGAGCGCUGCUGUAUUCAACGGGCUGCUUACGUCUGGCUUUACUACAAAAUUGUCUCUUGGCUGUGAGCCACACAUUGUUUCGUACGAUCCCGAGUCUCUUCGCAUGGCUCGUUGGAUAUGGAGGCUCUUAAUGUUGAAAGUCUUCGAGCUGAGCGAUACCGUCAUCUUCAUUCUGAGAAAGAAGUACAAUCAAGCAUCCUUCCUCCACGUUUAUCAUCAUACGUCAACCGUUCUACUUUCGUGGAUAGCGUGCAAAUUUGUCCCAGGCGGGAUGUGGACGUUCGCGAUUAUGCUAAACUGCAUAGUGCACGUGAUUAUGUACACCUAUUAUCUCCUUGCCUGCUUGGGUCCAGAAAUGCAAAAGAGGAUCGCGCCUUGGAAACAAUACAUUACGGGAUUACAAAUGGUCCAGUUCGUGAUCAUGGUAUGCCACACGUUUCAAGCUCUGCUGCCGUCCUGCGAGCCAAAUCGAAAACCAGUGGCUUACAUCUAUAUGUCCCAGAUCCUCACUAUGUUCUACAUGUUUUGCGACUACUACAAGAAAUCGUACCUCAGAAAAAAGACCGAGUAACGCUUCGACGAGUAUCAUGGCGAGCGAAGUCUCGAAUCGAUUCGCAAUUAACAACUAGAGAUUAAUUCAUCGUUGAACUAUAGGAUCUCAAUACACGUAUAACGUUUCGCGUACCCAUCGUGUGCCCCGGAAAGCUUAUGUAAUUACGACGAUACGUGGAUCAUGCAUAUUAACUCGAACGUUUCCAGAAUGUAGUGCUUACGAUCAUAGGAACGACUUGUUGCUCGUAACAGGAAGUCUUUGAUAUAAUCAGUGAGACUACCGAACGAAAAUCUUUUCAAACAAUUCUGUUUCAGAAUACAAUAACAUGUAAGGUGGCAGUUGCUAUCUUUCCACCCAUUUUACCCCGAAGGCAGUUUUUAUCGCGUUUGUGGAAACCCUCAAAGCUUUUCGUGAGGCAAAUGCAGGCUUGGAUUAGAAAAUUUAUUUAAAAUUAAGUUUCUAAAAUACUGGAAAACGAUAUUAAGUAUUGGCUGCAUUAUUUUAGUAGAGACACAAUUGUGAAAGCAGUAGAGUUAAUAUAAUACAAGAAGAGAAAUUAUUGGUUAUAAAAAAAUAAGUUAAUAUACUACAAUUUCACACAAAAGUUUUUUGGGAAAUUGAUCUGUGUACGAAUAUAUUCUACACCCACUGUAUGCUAUCUUCAAGAAAAUCUAAUUAUUCUCCCCAGCGUUUACAUUAAUUCCAGUACAAGAAGCGCGGUUGAUUGUCAGUUUAAUUUCAUCGCGUCGAACCAGUUCAUGCGUUCCCACGUAUAUUUGUUAUUAAAACUCGCCGUGAACGUCACGAGGAUUAAUUUUAUUCAAAUAACCACCUUUUCUCGGCAGGUCGUUUCGAGAAGAAUGGCGAUGAGCCGUAUAAUGCUGCCAGCCGCCGUAAAAAUUAUAGACUCCAGCUUUUGUGGCCCGACUCUUCAUUAGCUCUUUCGUCCAGGGAAUCCAGGACGCGUGUCCCGCGUAGUAAUAAUUCCAUGGAAAAAGUCCGAACGGAGCGAUCGCAGCGGCGGAUACAGCGACGCGUCAUUUGAUAUAUCGUACGCGUCGGCGUACACCUGAGAGAUAUUUAUCAGGCACCAAGGAAAAACUGUUUCGACGCGAGACAAACCAUAAUAGAAGAAUAAAAUUCGCGUAUCCGAGCCAGCCCGUGUUUGUUCGCGGGAAUGCUUUUAGUCGGAUUCUUUUUUCAUUGUCUUUCGCCCAUCCUCGUCCCAUCGGCGAAUCGAAACGUAUUACAUUUUGUUGGGCACGAUAUAUCGACAACGGUGGCGUUGCUCCGCGAGAUUCUACUCGCAACCGUGAUUUCGUUAAGGGGGUACUUUUUUGUUUCCAACAGUUUCGAAGCAAUUUUUAUGAUUCUUUAAAGGGCAAAGUGAUGGACAAACUUUGGAGAUUUCGUACGUUUAUUUAUACAUGAAUUAUCGCAUAACACCAAUAUUUUUAACGAAGAUAAGAUAUCAUUACUCGUAUUAUUACAAGUAUGACUGUUUUUUAAUUUGCCUAAUAUUGUAGUAGCGAUUAUAAUACAUUUCUAUCGAUUUGAUAAUUAGAAUCAUUAAUAUGCACGAAUAUCUGCUCCGCUGAUGAAGCUUUUUCUUGUCAGGAUAUGUUCUAAAUGCUUAUACGAUUUCUAAAUAAUUGAAAUUUUUUAACA